UCUCCGUUCAAACUUCGUCACUUAUCCCCAAUUCAUCCCCGAAGCACCACUAUACUUUGCUAUAGUCCUCCGAAACAUCCCCCUCAUUCUCUCUUCUCAAACGCUCGCUGUCCCUCCUGAACCCCUUCGCUCGUGUGUGCAACGCCUCAAAAGAGCGCCGUGCAGAGCGCCGUCAAGAGCGCCGUGUGUUGGGUCCACAUACCACAGCAGCUCCCACUCGGAACACGCCCAUGUCGAAUCGUCCCGCCAUCUUUUCGCCGCUCGCCCUCGCUCGACUCCCCAACUACCAGAACGACCCGGCCGUCGCUCACUCUUCAUCAUCCAGGGAAAAGCAGGACGAUACCGACCACGUCUCUCGCCAAUUGGUCCAUCUCGGCCUGCUCAGGCCGAAACACAUCGCCGCCAGAGACAGGAUCGUCCGGGGGCCUGGCGCCGCCGAGGCCUACCCAAAGAAGAAUACCUCCGUCACGGCGAGGACAGCGCCCGCUCUGCGCCCCCGCCGACCGGCGUCGCUCGAUACGAGCCCCUCGGAGAAGAGCUCCGGCAGCAGCAGCAACUCCUGCGCGAACAAUUCGACGACGACCCUCUCCCGAGGCGCCAUGACGGGCAUGCUGGAUACAGAUCGGAGCCGCACGCGGCGGGAGCGGACGUUUGUGGGGAGCGAGUGCGCCGUGUGCGAGGAGCCGCUGGAGCACACCCUGCGCGGUGAGCGCAUCCUGCAGUUCUCCUGCGCCCACGUCUCCCACGGCGCCUGCUUUUACGAGUACAUGAAGCAGUUCGACUCGCGGUAUUGCCCGACCUGCAAUGCGCCCCUCGGCCUCGACACGAGCCGCGGCGGAAACGUCUUAGAUAUUGAAAAGCUAAGUAGUAUGGUGCGCUCAGUAUCUGUCAGCGAACGCGGCUCGGCCGCCCCGACCCCGACACCGUGGGACAGCCAGACGGUGCGUCCACCAAGCUACGAAUCCGGCGCCCGACCAAAUCACGACCGCGAACGCGAUACCCAGUCACGGAAUGGGAGGGAGAGCGCCUCCGGGCACCGAGACGGACGAGAUCGGGAUGGACGUGAGAGGGAACGUGACCGAGACGGCAGGGAACCAGAGCGGUAUCCCUCGUCGAACGGGGCCCACCGCCGAUCAGACAGCGAGGCGACAGGAUCCAAUGGAUACCCCGAUACAUCACAGAGCGUCGCGCCCUCACGGCGCCAUGACUACGACGUCCAGUCCGUGGAGACGGGCGUCGUCAGCCCGCGCUCUAGCCGCAAUCCCAUCCCACCUCCCCUCGUCUCCAUCCGUUCCGAGUUUCCCACCCUCAACCGCUCGCGAGCCCAGCAGACCCUCGCCUGCCUCAUCACCAUCGAGGUGCCAGAUAAUAACUGGAGGCCGGAUCCGGAGGAUGUGCGCAUACCGCCGAUGCCCAAGCUGCGCGAGGAGGAGCGGUAUGCGAGGCCGCCAUCGCCUGUGAAGACGGUGCCGCGCUUCUACCCGUACGAGUCGCCGGAGGUGCUGGAGGAGAUGACCGAGAGCCUGCGGAGUCGUGUGGAGAACUGGCACAGUCUGGACUUUUCAAGGUUUGGCAAAUUACGACUAUACGGCACGAUACGCGUGGGGAAGGAUAAGGUGCAGUGGCAGGAGCUGGAGUGUUAUCUCUUCUCGGAGAUGCUCAUCUGCGUCAAGGAGAAGAAGGCCACACCCCUGCAGCAGUGGAGCGACGAGGGGAAUGGGAGGAGGGCGAGCCGGUGCACGCUCAAGGGCUCCAUCCUCAUCCGGAAGCACCUUGACGGCGUCACGCAGACAGCAGCGGGCGAGACCCUGGGCAUGACCCAGCGCAUAACAUCAUCUAAUCUCACCCCGGCGUCGAAUCCCAGGCCGCUCGAGGAGAACACCCUCACCCUCAGCCUCUCCGUCGCUGAGCUUCCGCAAUUCCACCUCCAGUUCGACAACCUCACCCAGCUCCGCAUGUGGCAGCAGGCGCUGCAGGACCUCCACCCCCCAGAGGCGGCAUCCAGAAAUGGCGCUGAUUACGACCAGGAUGCUGCGUCGGAGGCGGAAGAGGAAGACUGGCGCAGGACACUUCCGAGCUCGAAGCGCGACUCCUCCCUGCAUUCGUCUUCGUAUGCAACAAGAUCCGCUACAACGGCACCCACCGAGUACACCAACCACCGCUCCGUGCGCCUCUCCGACCCCAUCCACGUUCCAGUUGACAUCGUGGUCGUGGUCCCCGUCUCGUCCUCCAUGCAGGGCGUCAAGAUCUCUCUUGUGCGCGACGCACUCAACUACAUGGUCCAGAGCCUGUGCGAGCGCGACCGCAUGGGUCUCGUAACCUUUGGCUCGGGCGGUGGCGGUGUGCCCUUGGUGGGUAUGACAACGAAGACGUGGAGCGGAUGGUCAAACGUCCUCUCCCAGAUCAAGCCGGUGGGCCAGAAGCUGCACCGCGCCGAUGUGGUGGAAGGCGCAAACGUCGCAAUGGAUCUGCUGAUGCAGCGGAAAAACAAUAACCCCAUCGCCACGAUCCUGCUCAUCAGCGACGCGUCGACGUCGGAUACGGAUAGCGUGGAUUUCGUGGCGUCCCGCGCCGAGGCGGCCAAAAUCGCAAUCCACUCCUUCGGCCUGGGCAUGACGCACAAGCCAGAUACCAUGAUCGAGCUGUCCACGCGCACCAAGGCGCAGUACACGUACGUGAAGGACUGGAUGAUGCUCCGCGAGUGCCUCGCUGGCUGCCUCGGUUCCCUCCAGACAACCGCGCACCAGAACGUCAAGCUGCGCCUUCGCCUCCCUGAGGGUUCCCCUGCCAAGUUCGUCAAGAUCAGUGGCGCCCUCUCCGUGACCCGCCGCGCCUCGGGCCGCGAUGCAGAGGCCUGCCUUGGUGAUCUCCGCUUCGGUGACAAGCGCGACGUCCUCGUCCAGCUCGUUAUUACCCCCGACGCUGCGUCACCUGACCAUCCCCCAUCCGACCCAUGGGAGACCAUCAUGUCGAACCUCGAAGCGCUCUCCGGCCCGCUCGAAGACACAUCCCCGCGCGCCCUCUCUGUCGAGGAGGUCCCGCUCAUCCAAGCCGAUCUAGCGUGGGGUGAUCUAUUACGUCCCAACACCACCACCCACCUCCCCCGCCCUUCAUUGCUGGCAAUCACCAUGCUACCUCCAUCGAAGAAAUCGGCAUCUCCACCAACCCCACACAUCCCGCCUCACCCCUCCGUCGUCCAGCGCCGCAUGGAGCUCCUCACAGCAGACAUGCUCACCCGCGCCCUCUCCCUCGUCGCCCGCGCCCAACACGACAGCGCUGCCCACCUCCUCACCGAGACACGCUCCAUACUCAAGGGUCUCGCCAAGGGCGGCCUCCCACCCAUCCCGCCGCCACCUCCUACUGGCGCACUUCCCAUCCUCCCCUUGCCCGGACAGGGCAGGAGUAGCAGGAUCCAGGAGGGCAAAUCGUCCCCGCCUUCUCUCUCCCCAACCGCGUCCAUCGCGCACCUCCCACCCCCGCAACCGCCGCCCUCGGCAGCCCUCCCUAUCCCGCGCGAGCGCGAGCAAGGCGUCGGCCCCGCGACAGCAGCGGGCAUCGACCCAGCUGUCGUCGCUGCCCUCGACGCGGAACUCGAGGGUAGCCUGGAGUGGAUCCACCAUCCCGCGGUGUUUGGACGCGAUAGCCGCAAGGCUGUCCUCCAGGCUGUGGGUGUGAUUGGGAGCCAGCGCGCGUGGACUACGAGGAGUGCUGUGGAGUCUAUGUGGGCGAGGCGUGUGGGUGGUGUGAGGAGGGGGUUGGAAGCGUGCAGGAAUUGGGGGGAUGGGGGGGGGGGGGGGUUGGAGGGGGUUAGGGAGGAGAGUUGA